ACGUGACUCGGUCGUUCUGUACUGUAGCCUCGGUUUGUUUCUUUGAAAGAGGAAACGCACCGCGUUCAUUUCUCACUGGCAUCUCUGAGAGGACAGAGCUCAAACAUAUUUUGUUUAUUUGCACUGCAGUUCACUAACAAACCUAGGCAUCCGUUCAUUUUUUUCUCAAACCUUACAAUUUCGCUAUUUUAGCACUAUUUCGAACAACAGCCAUUAGGUACACCAACCAACCUUGCCUCGAAGACUACACCUGUCCCAGCAUCAUCUGAGUGGGAUUCCACACAACUGCUUAAAAUGACCGAUUGUUUUGCUGGAUAAGACCCUUAUUCCUCAUCUGGGAUCGUGUAGAGCUCUUUGAAGUUGCAUUGAAACUGAAAUUUGGACCUUCAACCCAUUGACCCCUGUUGAAGUCCACUGUAUGGAGAAAAAUCCUGGAAUGUUUUCCUCAAAAACCUUAAUUUCUUUUCGACUGAAGAAAGAAAGACAUGAACAUCUUGGAUGACAUGGAGAGUGGACAAAACCUUCUCCAGGUCAAGACAUAUUUGGAAACAAGAUGGCCGAAUCCCACGAAUAUCUGACCCGUUAGAACAUCCUGGUCUGGUCAAGUCCUUUCCGCCUUCACCUGCUCAGACUCUUCUAAAGACAUCAGAUAUAUUUGCAAUGAUAGAGCGAAUGCAGAGCAGUAGAAUGGAUGAGCAGAGGUGCUCUCUUCCACCUCCUCUCAAAACAGAGGAAGACUACAUUCCAUAUCCCAGCGUCCAUGAGGUAUUGGGGCGUACUGGUUCUUUACCACUGAUUCUGCUGCCCCAGUUUGGGGGUUAUUGGAUUGAAGGGACUAAUCAUGAUUUAGGCUCCUCCUCCACACCAGAGGAACCGCCUCCUUGUCCUGCAUCACAGGUUAAACUGGAGACCAACAGCAUCGCCAAGAUCUACAGGAAACACUUCCUGGGCAAGGAGCACUUUAAUUAUUACUCCGUGGACAGCGCUCUCGGACACCUGGUCUUCUCUGUGAAGUAUGAUGUGAUUGGAGACCAGGAGCAUCUUCGACUGUUGUUUAGGUCAAAGUUUAAAACCCACCAUGAUGUGAUACCAAUUUCUUGUCUGACUGAGUUCCCUAAUGUUGUCCAGAUGGCAAAGCUUGUCUGCGAAGAGGUGAAUGUGGACAGAUUUUAUCCUGUCUUAUACCCAAAGGCAUCCAGACUCAUUGUGACCUUUGAUGAGCAUGUCAUCAGUAACAACUUCAAGUUUGGAGUCAUCUACCAGAAAUUUGCCCAGACAACAGAAGAGGAACUAUUUGGAAACAAUGAGGAAAGUCCAGCUUUUGUUGAGUUUCUGGAGUUCUUGGGAGAGAAGAUUGAACUUCAUGAUUUUAAAGGUUUUCGUGGUGGCCUGGAUGUGGCACAUGGCCAGACAGGAACCGAGUCAGUCUACCACAACUUCCACAAUAAAGAGAUAAUGUUCCACGUGUCCACAAAACUGCCAUACACUGAAGGAGAUUCCCAGCAGCUCCAGAGAAAGAGGCAUAUAGGAAAUGACAUUGUGGCUAUUGUGUUCCAAGAAGAAAACACACCAUUUGUACCCGAUAUGAUUGCAUCAAACUUCCUUCACGCUUACGUAGUGGUGCAAGUGGAGAACGCCUGCACUGAUAACGUCCUCUAUAAGGUAUCUGUGACGGCAAGAGAUGAUGUGCCUUUCUUUGGUCCUGCCCUCCCAGACCCAGCUGUCUUCAAAAAGAGUCCAGAGUUUCAUGAGUUCCUCUUGACCAAACUGAUCAAUGCUGAAUAUUCCUGCUAUAAAGCAGAGAAGUUUGCCAAGCUGGAGGAGAGGACACGUUCUGCUCUGCUGGAGACUUUAUAUGAGGAGCUGCAUGUGAACAGCCAGUCCAUGAUGGGACUGGGAGGAGAUGACGACAAACUGGAGAAUGGAGGAGGUGGAGGUGGAGGCUUCUUUGAGUCUUUCAAGCGAGUUAUCCGCAAUAGAAGUCAAUCUAUGGAUGCUAUGGGCCUCAGUAACAAGAAACCGCACACUGUCUCCACAAGCCACAGUGGAAGUUUUACACACAACCCACCAGAAACUCCCAAAACUCCUGGAAUUUCCCUGAUUAUUCCUGGAAAAAGCCCAACCCGUAAGAAAUCUGGUCCGUUCAGUUCCAGGAGAAGCAGCGCCAUUGGGAUUGAGAACAUACAAGAGGUUCAGGAGAGAAGCAGUCGAGAGGUGUCCCCUAGUCCACAGAGGGCAUCUGAUGGUGGACACACCUUUCAAGACCUCAGAUUUGACAACUCGUCCAAUCAGAGCUCACCUGAGAUGCAGAUCAGCAAGAUUGGUUCUGCCCUGUGCUGUCGAGCUCCUUCUAUCCCAGAGUCUCAGGACCUUUCUCGCUCCUCAUCCAAUGCCAGCAGCUUCACCAGUGUGGUGGAGGAGAACGAGCAGGAACAUGAAGCGACAGAGGAGUACGACACGGGACUGGAUAGUCUGUCUUCAGCUGGUACGCCUCACAAACGAGAUUCAUUUUCAUACAGCGCUGUGUGGUUGGAAGACGGCUCUGGUAGUGCUAGUCAGAGCAGUUCACACGGUCCCAUUCGACAGCAGUCUGAACCUCUACGUCCAAAAACAGAGAGACAACACUCGAACUGCUAGCUGUCCUGUAGGCUGUAGAUGACUUCAUGGAUGUCCAUCAACAGCAUUUUCAUAAGCAGCCCUUCGCAGCGGACACUCAAUGUGCUCACAAGUUCCUCUAGAGACACGGAUGUGAAGGGGAGUGAAGCACUAGUUACAGCCCCGCGGCGUACAGUCGGGCAAGUGUGCAUCAGAAUAUCAGCGCGCUCUUGUGAGGACACCACCCCUUUAUCUUCUGUCAUGUGGCUGUUGGUCUGUAGGCAAAAUGGCAAACCUGCCUAGCAUGUGUUGAAGGCUGGUACACAUCUAGAGGAACAGAGAAGAGCUGCUAGCUGGGAAAUCAAUCACGCAUGAUUAUUAUGGCCUUAUCAUAGGCUUCUUUCUUUCUUUUUCUUUCUUUCUUUCUUUCUUUCUUUCUUUCUUUCUUUCUUUCUUUCUUUCUUUCUUUCUUUCUUUCUUUCACAGUGGCCCUCAUUGUGUGGGUUUGUUUUUUAUUUGUCAUAUUUAUUUAUUUAUUGAGGCUCACUGUGGUGUGUAGAUCUUUCAGUAACAUGGGGUGGUAAGCUAUCACAAGCUUCCGGCAUCUUUCAGAAUAACAAAGAAGGUUCAACCUAAACCCAUCAUGCUUAAAAUACACGCGAACCCGCAAAGCACUGUAAUACACAUCUACAUGUAUGUGUGGUUCUGUUUGGUUGCGUUUUGUGUCAGUAAUGAGUAAUGAUGUUGAAAAUGAAUAUAGGUAAAUGUUAAAUGUUGUUCUUUGGUUAGGUGUUUCUUCUGGUGUUAGGCACCCAAGUCAUUUCAGAUCCUGUCCAAUAAAUAAAGCGUAGGCAUUAUAAUUUAUGACAAAGCAAAUAGAUCAGGUGUGAGAUGCUGUAUACGUUUUUAAAAUAUUAUUUAUUAAGAUUAUGCUGUUUUACUGAUCAACAUAUUUUGUAUGGCCACAGCUUCUUGUGGUAAAACUGACUUGUGUGUAAACUGUACACUAAUGUAGUAGCUUCAUGUUUGUAGUUUCAUGUUUUAAAGCCUGCUGUGCAGAUUGAAGGGUCAGUAACUCUCUAGUCAGAUAGCAUGAAGCCUUUUUAGAUUAUAUGGCAAGUGAGCAAUAUGAAUGUAAAACUGAUGAAGCAUAUAUGAUAGUGGGUAUGGACACUAUAAACACUACGGUCAGAAUACACUCAAUGGAUGCUUGAUGUUCAAUAGAAAAUGGUGGAAAUGGUGUUUUCAAAUACAUAUUUUUUGAGAAAAAACCCUUCCCAUUUCAGAGCAUAAAAUCAAUGUUUCAGUUUUUACACUUAGUACUAUGUUGUUAAUGCUAUCCGUUAGCAUUCCCAUUCAUCUCACUGGCUUAUGGGAUAGAGUUUUUUUUUUUUUUUUUUUUUUUGAGCCAAUCACAUGAGCUGUAAAUGUGAUGAAUUAUUCUAAGCAACUAUCCCAAGCUGUGACAUUUAAAAAAAAAACAUCAGUCACUGGCAAAAUAUCUACUCUAAUAAAAUGAAAUAUUUGCAAUUAAUGUUGUUUGCAAAAAAAAAAAAAAAAAAGUAGUCCAAAUACACAGGUACUUUUACAGUUACUUAAAAUGCCAUGGUAUUUACUGUAUAUGAUACUCAUUUCAAAGAAUACCAUGGUAUUACCAUCAUAGUAGAAACAUUACAUUGGACAUUACCAAGGUUACAUGUCCAAAAACAUGAAAAUACCAUAGUAUGUUUUGUUCGACUAAUAUCCCGAUUCACAGAAUUUUUUGAGGGAUUUUUGCUUAUAAAUAGUGCUGUUUAGGCACUUUCAGGGGUGAUACUUAUAAAACUGUACAAGGAGAAGGGGAAAAAUAUUUUUGGGUGGCUAAAUCCAUACUUAAAGCUGUGUUAGAGCCCUAAAUCUUUGCUGAUUGGUCAAACUGUACAUAGUGUGUUUGCACAUGCUCGAGACAUGAAGCACAAACUCAUUCCAAACAAACACCGACUGCUUUCUGCAAGUGAUUGUGUUCUCUUUUACAAGUGCUUAUUAUGCUACUUUUAUGAAAUGUUUUACUGUAAAUAAGACAUUUUUUCCUUUUUGUAAUAAAACAAGAGAAAUCAUGUUUAAUAAAGAUCAAAGGGUUCA